AUGCGAUGCGCCUUUGCUCGCGGCGCGAGCGGCUGUUCCCCUCUGCCUCUCACCGCCUGCCUGCUCCCGCUCGCAGGAAUUCAUUCGAUCAACAUGCUCAAACUCGAGUUCGUGCCGGCCGCCGGUGACAAGCUCGUGCUCAAGCUCUCUCCUCCGCCGCCGCUUGCUGACAAGCAGGCGUCUCUGGCGGACAACACGGCCGUCAUCGACUCUGGCGGAGGCAACGCCGUCGGCAUCCCCUCCGAGCCCGUCUCGCUCAAGGAUGGCAUCGACACCGGCACCGCCAGCACCGGCACCGCCAACGUCCCGUCCGAGGGCGAGCCCGGCCCGCUCAAGGACGGCAUCGACGCGGGCGGCGGCAACGUCGCGGGCGAGUUGUCGCUGAUGAAGUCCACCAAGUCCGCCGCCGCCGAGGAGUCCGCCGCCGAGGUGUCCGCCGCCGAGGAGUCCGCCACCAAGUCCGCCGCCACCGAGGAGGUCGUCGUCGCCGAGGAGUCCGCCACCAAGGAGGCGACCACCAAGUCCGCCGCCGCCGAGGUGUCCGCCGCCGCGGAGGCAGUCGCCGAGGAGGCGCCCGUCGCUAAGGAAGUCGUCGCCGAGGAGGCUGCCAAGGAGGUCGAGAAGCCGGCCAAGACCGUUUCCAACGCGCCCGACCCAGCGGACACCACCUGCUACCCGGGCCUGCCCACGCCGAAGGCGGCGGGGAAGAGCGGGCCCGCGUCGGCCCGCAGCGGCUCCGGACCGGGCUACGUGGACGGCGUCGAGGCUGCAGUCCGCCGGCUGGGCGAGAGCGUCAGCUACCAGGCUACGCCCGCCGACGGCAAGAAGUCGCCGUCGCCGGGAGUCCCCACCUCCGGCGGCAUUGCGCCCGUGGCGCCCAAGCCCCUGGGCGCGGGCGCGGACGCGGGGCAGGUCGACGCCGCGUCACGCGAGUACUAUCUCGCCGUGCGCGACAAGGCGAUGGCCGCGAUCUUGCUCACCAAGAUACAGCGGGCGAAGCUGGACGCCGAGCGGUCGGGGUGCGGGUGCAAGUGCCGGCGCAAGGCCAUGCGCUGCCGCAACAACCCCAAGUUUGGCAAGGCAAAGGGCAGGCGCAAGUCUGGCAAGGCAAAGGGCAGGCGCAAGUCUGGCAAGGCAAAGGGCCGCGGCCGCGGCUCGCACCGGCGACCGAAGCCGCGCGGCGGGCCGCAGACGCCGCCUUGCAAGUCGCCGGACCGGCGCCGCGAGCCGCAGACCACGUCCGGCAAGGCGCCAUUCGCCGCUGGCACGUGCGGCGCCGUCGCUGGCACGUGCGGCGCCGGCGGUCGCGCCGGCCUCAAGGCGGCGGCCAACUGCGUGCAGGGCGGCUUCACGAAGGCCGAGGGCGCCUUCCGGUGGCUGCUCCUCGUCUGCAUGCCCGCCUUUGGCCGCUGCGCGCCCGCCGUGCCUAGCCCGACGGCGGUGGCCUCGGCCUUCUCGUCUGCCGUCGCCUCGGCAGCCUCCGUCGCCUCGUCGGCGUCUACCUUCUCAUCCGGCGUCGCUUCGAAGGCGUCCUCGCUCGUGAGCUGCUCGCCGCUUCUCAUGCCCGCCCUCGUGCUCAUCCUCCUCGCCAUCGCCUGCGUCGCCUCCUGGCCGACCGCGGCGAGCGGAAAGGGGGCUCGGCGCGGCGCGGCGUGGGCCGUCUUCGUCGCCGCCGCCGCGGCGUGCCUCCCCGGCGCAGCAGCGGCUCCCGCGGAAUCCUCCGCGUCGAGCACCACUUUCUCGUGGUUCACGGAGGGUGGUGCGAUACCUCUCUCUUUCCUCUUCGCCGUGAGCGUGUUUGCUGCCACGGCCGACCUCGUGCUCCGGCAGCUGCGCUGGCGGCGCAACAGCACGGCGACCUUCUCUCCGCCCGUCUUCUCGCCGCCGCCGUCGCCGCCAGAGUCUGGCGGCGGCCCGUCGGGGGUGAUGAGGACCUCGUCGGCGGUGAUGCGGGUCUUCGACAAGAACAACGAUGGCGUCAUUGACGCGGCAGAACUUAGCAGCGUCGCCAAGGAAAUUGCCGCGAAGGAGGCGGCGGAGCGGGAGGCCCAAAAGGAGGCCGCGAGGGAGCGCAAGAUCUCUCGUGUCUUCCGGAGGUUUGCGCUCGUGCUGGUGAUCGCGCUGCUCGCCUCGGUCGGCAUCAAUGCGGGGCUGACCGCGGGGAUCGUAUACCUGUCCAAGGAGGUGCACGCCGACCACGCCGCUCUUGCGGACGCCACCGGCGCCAUCGCCGCGCGGAUCGAGGCGGUCAAGAAGGGGACGGCGUACAUGAACGUGUGGAUGUACGUGAUCCGCGAGUUUGAGGACGCGAUCGACGACUGCAAGAACUGCGCGGACGGUCUGAACUGCAACGAGUUGUCGGACUCGUUCGGGCCGGACAGCCCUCAGUACAAGGCGGUGCACGCGUGGGACGAGGGCGUCGCCUUCAACGCCGGCUCGCUCGAGGGGCCGAACGUGGGUGGCAGCUCGGCCGGCAAGAUGGUUUACCGGCUCGCGGAGAAGCGGUGCGCCAACUUUGACACCUGCGAGUCGGGGAGCACGGGGCUGUCGAACGUCAACAAGGAGCUGCUCGCGGACUUCACUAAGGGCGAGGCGUACCUCAUGGACGGCAACUGCUCCGCCGUGCGCCCCAUCGUCGACACGAUCAUCAAGCAGAUGACGGUGCCGCUCGUGCAGGGCUCGCUCCGCUACGCGUACAAGGUCGGCGAGUCGAUCUCGGGCGAGGCGAAGGUGGGUACGGAUCGGUCGCAGAAGAACGCGGCGGAGGGCGCCGUCUUCACGGCGGCCGUGCUGCCCCUCGUCCACGAGUGCAACGUCGCCGCUGCCAAGACCAUCAGCGACGAGAUGAAGUUCGGCCUGUACGACCAGGGCGAGUACCCCGACUUCGCGGCGGUCAAGGCCGCCUUCGAGAGCACCUACGACUGCCUCGGCAUCACUUGCGCCGACGUGGGCGGCCUCUCGCCUGGCGGCGUGGCGGCGGCGUGCAACGAAACGAGCCCUUGGCCCGACAUCGCGGGCUACACCCCCGGCUCGGACGUGACCAAGCGCGCCAACCUCGACCUCAAGAUCUGA